UGUCGAUGUGUUGAUUUAAGAUCUGAAGCCGACCUAGCUAAAUAACCUUGUGGGGCGCACCUUUUGAGCUUACUCGUGGCUGGAACUUGGCACGGACUGGCGGGUAAGCCACGAGUUUUCGCGCACACGUUACAUAUUGUCGUGGAUUUUUUGUGUCGUUAUUUAUCAGCUAUUAACAGGCUAUUUUCCAUCACACAUCAAUUUCUGUAUUGCUAGUGCUUGUAACAUAGUUUUUAUUCCAAUUUAUUAGCAGUUUGACGUAUUUCUUUAUCACCACCAAGUAAAAUUCACCGUGUUUCUAGUCAAAAAAUACAUCACAGAUUGAGUUUUCAUGAAAAUGAGCCGUAAAAUCUUUUAUAUAUGGUUCACCUACUUGAUUGCGGUGACGGUGAACAUGGAUGUCGGUAGUUGUUUAUAAAAUAAAUAACAAAACUUCAGUUUUUUCCCAUAUACUCACAUAUUUGUUCAAAAAAGAUGUACGAGGUCCAACCACGUCAAGUAGAUAUUGCGCUUGUUAUCGCAUGCCACGACGGUAAUUUUGAAGAAGUCAAACGAUUGGUAGAGGAUGAAGAUGCAGAUAUAUGUUACCAGGAUUUUAAAACUGGAAUGAGCGUCUUAAUGGUUGCGGCAGGAGCUGGACACACAGAUAUUGUAAACUAUUUAUUAUCAGAAGGUGCCCCCUGGAAUGCAGUUGAUCGAAGCUAUUUAUGCGCCGGGGAUUAUGCCGCUAGAAAUAAACAGCAAGAUUGUAUUGAUAUCCUGAUGAAUCAUGCAGUUAUGUCUGAGUUACUUUUGUGUAUUGCAUUAAACAAGUCAGAUGCAGGAGAGUCUUUGGAAAAUGUUGAUUCUAUGGAUCUUACUACUACUGUAAACACACGUGCAAAUAAUUCCUCAGAAGCUCUUAACGCUUCUUACCUUUCUAGUCGACUGGAGUAUUCUGAUGACAGAAAAUGUCUCAUUGACACUAAUACUCAUCUGGCUGUAAUGAUGGAUUGGGAAACUCCAAUAAUGGAGAAACAUGCAGCAUGGAUUUGUCAUGCAGACGAAAUAGAUAGUACUAUCAGUUCACCUAUUCGAGUUUUAAAUAUUGGAUUUGGUUUGGGGAUUGUUGACACGGCUAUACAAAAGUAUUCACCUGACUCACAUUAUAUAAUAGAAGCUCAUUCGGAGGUGUUGGAGAAAAUGAAGUCCGAAGAAUGGUUUGCUAAGCCAGGCGUCAAGAUAAUUCCAAGUAAAUGGCAAGAUGCAGUCGUCUUACUAGCCAAAGAAAUUGAUGACGGGACAAUUCCAAGGUUUAGUGGGAUAUUUUUUGACACAUAUGCAGAAGACGACAAUGAUUUGAGAGAAUUUCAUACGUGGUUACCCAAACUUCUUGCUAUCCCUAAUGAAAAAGGUCUGGGAGAUCCAUCUUUCUCAGGAAGGUACUCUUAUUAUAACAGUUUGUGUCCUGACAAUGUAUUUUUUCACGGAGUUGCAUGCGAAACAAUGAGGUUGCAUUUAAAGAGGUUGGGAAUAAAUUGUAUAUUUGACCCAGUUGCUGUCGACGUUGCAAACCAAGAGAUGUGGAAAGAUGUUUCUCAAAGAUAUUGGUAUUUUGAUACAUAUUUCUUGCCAAAGUGUACUUUUGAUCCUGGUGAAAAGGACUAAUAAAGUUUAUUCCGUCAAAACACAAUGUUUUGUUUGUUGUAGUUUUAAAACAGCAGUAUGCUUUAUCAAAGCGCUGAUAUUUUCGUAUACUGUUUCGUCAUUCCCAACGCAUACCUGUGCUUAAACAAGUUCAUUUCGAUUCAAUCAUUAGUAUUAAUUUUAUCAUCAUUUAUCGGCAGUGUAGAGAAAAUGAGUCGAAUCCUUUUUCUUGCACUAUAUAGUACACAGUGCUUCUAAAACGGAGAUUCACUGUUAAUUUAUGGCUGUUUGAUAUAACGGAUAAUAACGAAGUCUAAUAGUCAGACUUUAAUUUCAUGGGUUUGUUAUUGGCCUGCAAGAAGUUAUUGACGUAAAUAAAUUUUAAUCAUGUUUGUCA